UGCAGAAGACCACCAAUUGCUAUCAUUUAACCAUGUCUUCUAACAAGAUCUGGCUGCGUGCCGAAACCAAGCCCGCCGAGGCUCGGUCUGCCUGUGAGCAUUGUACCCUUUAUUCACGGGUCAUGACACUAGGAUACUAAUAUGCUGUACUAUAGUGACACCGACUACCUGCAAGGCUCUUAUUGAUGCUGGAUACGAAGUGACUGUCGAACGCUCGACGCAGCGGAUCUUUGAUGGUAAGAGUGACUAGUCACUACCAUAACUGCUAGGCAGUAGUUAUAUCCCUUAAUACCCCUAAUAAAUCGCCAUCGGUUUCGCGUGACAUGUCUAACUUGGCUAUUGUCUUUCUAGAUGAGGAAUUCGCAAAGAUUGGUGCCCCGCUGGUGGAAGAAGGUUCUUGGGUGAAGGAUGCACCCAAGGAUGCCUACGUUUUGGGUCUCAAAGAGCUCCCUGAAGAUGACUUUCCUCUCGAGCACGUUCAUAUCUCCUUUGCGCACUGCUACAAGCAGCAGGGUGGCUGGGAGAAGGUCCUCAGCCGCUGGCCUCGGGGAGGCGGUACUCUCUUGGAUCUUGAAUUCCUCACUGAUGAUGUUGGCCGGAGAGUCGCUGCUUUUGGUUGGUCUGCCGGAUAUGCAGGCUCCGCUUUGGCUGUCAAGAACUGGGCCUGGCAGUUGACGCACCCUGAGGGCGAGCCUCUGCCUGCAGAAAGCCCGUAUGCUAACCAGGAUCGCUUGAUUGAAUCUGUCAAGGAGUCUCUCGAGGCUGGUAAGAAGCAGUCCGGCCGCUCUCCCAAGAUUCUUGUUAUCGGAGCCCUUGGUCGUUGUGGUAGUGGUGCCGUGGACUUGGCCAAGGAUGUCGGCAUUCCCGAGUCUGACAUCAUCCGGUGGGAUAUCGAAGAAACCAAGAAAGGCGGGCCUUUCAAGGAAAUUGUCGAGGAUGCCGAUAUCUUCGUGAACUGUAUUUACCUGGCGUCCCCCAUUGCCCCAUUCGUUACUCCAGAGACUCUUACUUCUGCAAACCGUCGCUUGUCGGUCAUCUGCGAUGUGAGCGCUGAUACGACCAACCCACAUAACCCUAUCCCUGUCUAUAAUAUCACAACCACUUUUGACAAGCCCACCGUUCCCGUCACGUUGUCGGGCGGAAACCAGAUCGCUGGCCUGAGUGUGAUCAGCAUCGACCACCUCCCGUCUCUUUUGCCCCGUGAGAGUUCUGAGAUGUUCAGCCAGGCCUUGCUCCCUAGCUUGCUGCAGCUGAAGGACCGGCAAAACGCCCGUGUCUGGAAGCAGGCUGAAGAUCUCUUCAAUGAGAAGGUUGCUACUCUGCCGGACCUUCUCUUCUCUCUUAUAUAUCUCGGUGCUUGGAAUUUGAUGCAGGAAAAAUCAACCACUGUCGCCGCUUACGCAGCGGGGGCAUCUCUUGCGGCUAUCGCUCUGUUCUACGUCUUCGGGCCCAACUACACUAUCGAUGGAGACGAGUCACUCGACAGUACCCGCAAGAAGAACAUCGUGGGCCUAUCCAAUCCUGCCAAUGACUGCUUCAUCAACUCGGUCCUUCAGGCUCUUGCGGGGCUUGGCGACCUGCGCCUUUACUUGAUUAGAGAGCUCCAUCGACGUGAACUGGACGGGCCCGAGAUAUACAAUACAUUGCCUUCCCUAGACGAGAUGCCACGGGAUGCAAAGCCGGAUAGAAUUAGGGAAUUACAGCAGGGAACCAUUACCAGAGCUUUGAAGGAGAUGUUGGACCGAUUGAACGAACGCCCAAUCUACAAGAAGACCAUCUCUGCACGGCCCUUUAUCCACCGCAAUCAGCAGGACGCACAGGAGUUCUUGCAGAUUGUCGCGGAGAGACUUUGCGAUGAAUACCAUGCCGGCGGCAUGAUUGGGCCGUCGCCAGGCCUGGAGAUCGUGGAACCUGGCGGUGUGCCUUCCCCCAAGAGUCCUGCUGAAGUUGAGGUACGGAUUGAUGACGGAUCCGAAACCGGUCUCCCGGCCAUUAUCGACAACAAGCUUCGAGAAAUUGACCAUGAGCAUGGCUUUCCUUUUGAAGGCCAGCUCGAGUCUCAGAUUGAGUGUCUGUUUUGCCACUACCAAUACAAGCCUAACCAGACUUCCUCAACCACUCUUAGCGCUUGCUUUGACGACUUCAAAUGCGACAAAUGUCGAUUACAGCAUGCUCUUGAAUUGAAGAUUGAGGGAUUGCGCCGCACGCGCACCAAGGAUGACCGAAAACAACUCGAGGCGGAAAUUGAGCGAAUCCAGACGGCUCUCGCUACGGAUCCAGAGGGAGCCUUAGAUGGAGUCUCCCUACCACCUUCUGAACUCGCUCCCAAACGAAAGAUUGCGCGGCAUAUGCGGAUCACGGCCUUCCCUAAGGUCGUCGCCAUUCAUCUUUCGCGAUCAAUCUUUGACCACACCAAGGUGUCUUUUCCGGAGCGGCUUCCUCUCGGUGGUAUCUUGAGCCGGGAAUGCCACCACAGCGGACACUACGAGUCAUUCCGACGCAAUCAUCUCUAUCCGCCCUUCUCAACACCAGACGCUCGGGCUACUAGUGAAAACCCAUCCCAAGCCCCUAGUCCUCAGCUAAGAGCUCGUAAUUCCUCGGAUACCGAGCCUGCGUCCCUCAACAUCUCAACAUCAAUAGCGUCUCCGACUCGCACCUCUCAGUUGCAACCUUCCCCAUCGCCAACUCCUCGGCCGACAUCGAGCCCACGGUCAUCAUCCUCAAAACAAAAUUUGUCGCCCGUGUCUGACCCGCACAGCCCAUCUUCCACAGAGGGUGGACGCUGGAGCAACGACCGCACGUCGAGCGGCUCUAUAACCCGGCUUCACCGCCGCCGCAAGCCCAACGAUCGAUGGUGGCGCGUCUCCGACGAGAAAGUCAAGGAAUGCAAGACAUCCGAUGUUCUGGGAAUGCAGCGCGAGGUCUAUCUCUUGUUUUAUGAAAUAGAAAAACCAACACCUGGCGUGUAA